UUCUCGAUGUUUAUGAUUGCGGCUUCGGAUGCAAAUGCAGUGUAGCAUGCUAACACGGCUACGUCUGCAUCAUACACAUCUGUAAACGGAUUUUUAACUAUGCCACGCAAGAAGGUGACAGAUGUGUCUGGGAACGGUGGACCUAAGAGAAAAAGAGGAGGUGGAAAGAAAAAGGACAGGGAGUUUAGCAGUGACGAUGAGUUUGAUGACUUUGAACAGGAAAACGCAAAGAAACCUGCAGCUAAAGCCGGUCUGCAGCCGGUCACUGUGGCUGAUGAUGUGAAGGAGAAGAUUAAUCUUGAGGUUCCCAAAGUCAAAGGUCAGUUGCUCGUUUUUGGAGCCACCAACUGGGACCUGAUUGGCAGAAAAGAAGUGCCAAAACAGCAAGCUGCUUACAGGAACCUUGGGCAGAAUCUGUGGGGCCCCCAUCGCUAUGGAUGUCUCGAUGAUGUCCAGGUUAGCUGUGUGGUGUCUGGACCCUGUGCUGCCCACAGUCUCAUCAUCACCACAGAGGGCAAACUCUGGAGCUGGGGUCGUAAUGAAAAAGGGCAGUUGGGUCAUGGAGACACUAAACGAUUGGAGGCUCCGAAGCUAGUUGAGGGCCUGGGGGAGGAAGUGAUUGUAGCAGCUGCUUGUGGUAGAAACCACACCAUGGCUUUAACAGAAAAUGGUACUAUCUACUCCUUCGGAGAAAACAAACUGGGGCAGCUAGGUCAGGGCAAUCAGACAGAUCCUGUGCUCAGCCCUGAGCUGCAUUUGAAUGAAACGAGAGCGCGCGUCCGUGCCUCUGCGACUUUGCUUUAA